AUGGUUUUUAAAAUAAUAGUCGUAGCUUCUGUGAUGCUAUCUAUGGCUAUUUUACAAUCCAGAUCAGCGGACGUAAGAAAUUACUUUUACUCAAAAUCCAAUCCAGUAUUAGGAAACACCGUCAAUAUUUCCAAAGCUUCUGACCUCGCCAAUGUUGAUUUUUCGAAAAAGAAAGAUACAAUUUUUGUUAUACAUGGUUAUCUGGAAAUGCCUACAACAUCAAUGAGCAGUAGUCAAGAAUUAAAAAAUGCAAUUUUAUCCAAGCACGAUUGCAAUGUUAUUGUAGUCGAUUAUGGAACAUUGUCUGCAAUUUUAUACACAGCAGCAGUCGAACAGGUAGAAGAUGUUGGAGUAACUUUAGCAAAAAUGAUAAGUGAUAUGGUCAAAAAUUCUGGACUUGAUUUGGAAAAAUCCAAAAUGAUUGGAGUUUCUCUGGGAGCGCACGUCGCUGGUGUUGCUGGAGCUGCAUUGGGAGGGAAAAUAGAUCAAAUUAUAGCUCUAGACCCAGCAGGUCCUCUUUUCAACUUAGUAAAUACAUCAAACCGUUUGUCUAAAGCUAGUGCUAAAUUCGUACAUGUAAUACAUACUAAUGGUGGAGGCUUAGGCAUCUUAGAACCUCUAGGUCAUGCUGACUAUUACGUCAAUGGGGGAAGAAUACAGCCUGCUUGCGGUCCCAUCCCCAUUGGUAUAUGUCCUCAUGGUUUAUCUGUAUCGUAUUAUUCGGAAUCUGUAAGAAAUGGUGAUUUUAAGGCCAAGAAAUGCGAAGAUUAUGGAAAAUUUAGAGAGGCAAAGUGUACUGAUGGUGAAAAUUCAUUGAUGGGCGAGUAUAACGUUGAUAAAAAGGCACGCGGCGUCUACUUCUUGGAUACCAACUCGUCACCUCCAUAUGCCAAAGAAUGA